CAAUCCUGGACCAUGACGCAGCAGUCGCCUCGCGGCGUGACCAGCCUGCGCUUCAACCAAGACCAGAGCUGUUUCUGCUGCGCCACGGCGACGGGCGUGCGCGUCUACAACGUGGAGCCGCUGACGGCCCGGGGGCAGCUGGCCCGCGAGCAGGGAGGCGGCGCGGGCCUGGUGGAGAUGCUCCACCGCUCCAAUCUGCUGGCCCUGGUGGGCGGCGGGGGCCGCGCCAAGUUCCCGGAGAUGUCGGUGGUCAUCUGGGACGACGCCCGAGAAGGCCGCGACGCCAAGGACAAGCUGGUGCUGGAGUUCACCUUCCCCCAGCCGGUGCUGGCGGUGCGCAUGCGCCACGACAAGAUUGUGACGGUGCUGCGACGCCGCAUCUACGUGUACUCCUUCCCCGACCGUCCCCGGAAGCUCUUUGAGUUUGACACCCGGGACAACCCCGCGGGGCUCUGUGACCUCUGCCCCGGCCUGGAGAAACAACUGCUCGUGUUCCCGGGACACAGGUGCGGCAGUCUGCAGCUGGUGGACCUGGCGCACGCAAACCCUGGGACUUCGUCCGCGCCGUCUGCCAUCCACGCGCAUCAGAGCGAGCUAGCCUGCGUGUCCCUGAACCAGCCAGGCACGGUAGUGGCCUCCGCCUCCCAGAAGGGCACCCUUAUUCGUCUUUUUGAC